AUGUUGUGGGCGCAGGCGGGUGGCGCGGGGUGGGGCGCGGGCGCGGGCGCGGGGUGGGGCUGCGGCUGGGAGGUGUCGUUCGCGCGCGCCGAGGGGCUGCAGGCGCACGGGCACGCGCGCGAAGCCUGCGCGCUCGGCGCCAGCCUGGCGCGCGAACUGCUCGCCCGCCCGCCCGCUCUCGGGUCGGUGGGCGCGGGCGCGGGCUCGGGCGCGAGCAGCGCGGCGGCGGCGGCGGCGGAGCGGCGCGCGCGACGGCGGCACGCGCCCUCGCCGCGCCUUUGCGCCGCCAGCCACCGCCUCUCCUGCCUCGCCUCCGCCACGCUCGCCAAGUGCGCCUUCCUCUGCACGGUCUUAGCGGAAUUCAGCGAGCAUCACGAACUGGCUUUUCGAGUAGGUCUUUACGCUUUAGAAAUGGCACGACCUCCAGCCAGCACCAAGGCGUUGGAAGUUAAAUUGAAUAAUCAAGAGACUGAAUUAGUAGCACUAUUGAAGAAACUUCCCACUGGUGUCGAGCAACUUGCUCUAGCUCGGGAAAAGGCGGAACAGCUACGUGAUGGUACUUUAAGAAAUCGGGGGCCUGCACUGUUACCUAUAGCACUUGCGAGCUUCUUAUUUGAUGUCCUCGUUCUGUCUGCUACCGAUAAAGAAAAUAAGCACCCGGCUAGGUUGCCAAGCGAUGAAGCAUUGGGUUUCGAAGCUGCAGUGGCCGCUUUAGGGUUGAAGGCGAAUGUAUCAGAAGCCGAACAUCCGUUGCUAUGCGAAGGCACGAGACGGCAGCGCGGAGAGUUAGCUCUCACCUUGCUCUCUUUCUAUAAAGACGAUCCUGUUAAGUUGGCGAGAAUUAUGAACAAAUUAUUGGAUCGUGAUAUCCAUCAGUUGACUAAAGGUCCGAUGGUGAGCAUGUACUACACCAACAACCCGCGUCUCAGCAGCUACCGCUCGGACGCGGGCAACGCGCAACACUACGGGGCGCACGUGUCGCACGCCGCACACGCGGCGCACGCCGUCCACGCAGCGCAUGCAGCCCACGCUGCCCAUGCUGCACACGCGGCACACGCAGCACACGCUGCGCACGCUGCACACGCUGCCCAUGCUGCGCAUCCAGCUCACGUGACGCAUUCUGCGCAUCCUAGUCACGCUGCACACGUAACACACGGCGCUCAUGUGACGCAUCCUACACAUGUGGUGCACACAAACCACGUCGCUCAUAACGCCCACCCCGUCCAUGUGCCACAUACCGCGCAUCCACCCCCAACGCUUCAGCCGCCGGUGGCGUGUCCGCUAGUAACGGACAUGGAGCGACUAGCUGUCGCGGAGGCGGGGCCGUCACCGCCCGCGCUGCAGCAGCAUUCCGCAACGCAGCAUCCGCAGCAUUUGCAGCACACGCAAAUCUCGCAGCACUCGCAACUUCCACAGCAUUCGCAACACGCGCAACAUUCGCAGCACACAACGCACACACAACUUUCGCAGCAUCCGUCGCUAACCAGACCUAAAGACUCCAGAUAUAAAGGAAAACGUGUCUACCCGUCUGUACCGAAUCAGCCUUCUGAAGCUUCCGCACACUUCAUGUUCGAGCUUGCUAAAUCUGUGCUGUUCAAAGCCGGUGGUACCUCCAGUACCAGUUUAUUCACACAGACAUCAUGCGCGAGGGAACAUCAUGGACCACAUAGGGGUUUACACAUGGCCGCUUUUCAAUUAGGCCUUUAUGCUCUCGGCUUACAUAAUUGCGUCAGUGCGAAUUGGUUGAGUAGAACAUACUCUUCACACGUCAGUUGGAUCACAGGUCAAGCUAUGGAUAUCGGUGCCCCCGCAAUCUUGUUUUUAAUUGAUGCAUGGGAAGGCCAUUUAACGCCGCCGGAAGCAGCGGGAAUUGCUGAUAAGGCGUCGUCGGGGCGCGACGUGCACAUCGUGCGCGCGGCGGCCGAGCUGGCGCUGUCGGUGCUGCCGCACGCGCACGCGCUCAACUACAACGAGAUCCAGCGCGCCGUGCUGCAGUGCAAGGAGCAGAGCGACGCCAUGCUCGAGCGCGCCUGCCUCACCGUCGAGGCCGCCGCCAAAGGUCACCGACGCUUUAUUUUAUCUUUAUUUUAUUUAAUCUAA